AUGGCUGCCGCCAAUAUCUCGGAGAGCAGACUAUUCAAGCCGCUCAAGCUUGGAAAUGCUCAACUCAACCACCGCAUAGCAAUGGCGCCGUUGACGCGAUACCGCAACGACACGAACCACGUUGCCAAGCCCUUCGUCCCUAGAUACUAUGGCGAGCGAGCUUCCACUCCAGGCACGCUUAUAAUUUCUGAGGCAACUGGCACAUCAAUGCAGGAAACCGGCGUGCGCCAAGGCCCUGCUUUCGUUACCGACGAACAAGUCGCCGCUUGGCGAAAGGUUAUCACUGCGGUUCAUGAAAAGAAAUCGGUGUGGUUCCAGCAAAUCUGGGCACAGGGGCGAGCUGCCGAUCCCGAAUACCAGAAGGAGCGUGGCUUCAAGUACCGGUCCUCCAGCGCUGUCCCCAUUGAACCUAGUGCUGCUGUACCUCAAGCAAUGACCGAAGAUGAGAUUCUGGGAGUGAUCCAGGACUUUGUAGACACGGCCAAAAGAGUUGUCGCUGCCGGCGGCGAUGGAGUUGAAAUCCAUGGUGCCCACGGUUACCUAAUCGAUCAGUUCCUCUCGGACUCUGUCAACCAACGAACCGACAAGUGGGGAGGUUCAAUCGAAAAUCGAUCACGGCUUCUUCUUGAGGUCGUCAAGGCAGUAGUUGCGGCCAUUGGCGCUAAGAAGGUAGCGCUUAGGCUGUCACCGUAUGCUUCGUUCCAAGGCGCGGAGUCGUCAGACAUCCAGGGACAGUACACAUAUGUUAUCAAGGAGCUGAAGAAGAUGAACGCUCCCUUUGCGUACCUGUCUCUAGUUGAGGCCCGUGGCGACCCGGCAAAGCUCCUCACUCCUGACCAGGACUCAGAGACUGCUCAACAAACACUCGACUUCAUUCUCGACAUCUGGGACAACUUGUCACCUGUCAUCGUGGCUGGAAACUAUAGUCCUGAGACUGCUGCUCGGGCAUUGGAGGAACACUACCAAAAGUGGGACGUUAUUGUUGCUUUUGGCAGGAGUUUUCUCGCGAAUCCCGAUCUCGUUUGGCGUAUCAAGCACGGUGUGCCUCUUUCGAAGUAUCAUCGGUUUUCUUUUUACAUCAAAGGUUCCGAAAUCGGCUAUAAUGAUUACACUUUCAGCCAGGAGUACAUCGACGCUCAGAGGGAGUGGGCCAUAGCCAACCUGGAAUCCAACUCUAAGUAG